UCAAUACGAACGGUAUCUGGCCUUUGUUUCGCGCUGAGACGAUAAAUACAACGACUCCGUGCAGCGCACACGGCGCCGAGUUAAUAAAACACUCUCUGCAUUGUAGUGCAGGCGGCGGCUCAGCAGGCGGCGCGUUUCAAAGAUAAGGAACGACUGUCAACGCAUGUGCUGAUCCAGGGUCAGAUCUGUUGGCUAUCCAUUGUGUAGUGGUGAGUUAAAGCUGAAAAAAAGCUGAUCUGGGAGCAGCGCGGGGGGGAAUGCGUUCGAUUUGAUUUCAGGGAUAGCCUGUUAGGGCGGUGUUUAUCACACGUAAAUGAUAAUUGAUGAACACGAGGAGACCGCGCCGCCCACCCGAGAGACCCUGGUUUCAAAAGCCAACCUGAAAAUUUGUUAAAUUACAAUCAGAGCUGAGGAAUUUAGGUAAAAACGAAAGCGAGCCCCCGCCACAGUUUACCGCUCCGGAGCCCGGCCGACUUUAGCCGAAGUUCAUGAUAGCGCAGCAGAAACGUAGCGAUAAUUCACUCAGCGGGACACCCUGGAAGAGACGGAGAAACCUCAGGACGAUGCCGGCCAACACGGACCUGAUGUGAAAAUCGUUACGGCAAGAUGUGAGAUGAACCGGGAGAAAACAGUGACCGAGGCCAACGACAUCAUGUUGGUCCGGAGCUCGCCCGUCCGAGGCCGAGCCAGAGUGACUCAUGCGGUGGUGGUGAUCUUCCUGGAGUUCUUCGCCUGGGGGCUGCUGACCACGCCCAUGCUGACCGUUCUCCAUGAGACGUUUCCUCAGCACACCUUCCUGAUGAACGGCCUGGUUCAGGGAGUGAAGGGUUUCCUGUCGUUCCUGUCAGCUCCUCUGAUUGGGGCUCUGUCAGACAUCUGGGGCAGGAAGUCCUUCCUCCUCAUGACAGUCUUCUUCACCUGUGCCCCCAUCCCCUUCAUGAGGAUCAGCCCCUGGUGGUACUUUGCUCUGAUCUCAGUCUCAGGGAUCUUCGCUGUGACCUUCUCGGUGAUCUUCGCCUACGUCGCCGAUAUUACGGAGGAACACGAGAGGAGCACCGCCUACGGCCUGGUCUCAGCGACCUUCGCAGCCAGUUUGGUGACGAGCCCGGCCAUCGGGGCCUACCUGUCGGCCAAGUAUGGAGACAGCCUGGUGGUCCUGGUUGCCACGGUGAUCGCCGUGGCCGACAUCGCCUUUGUGUUUUUCGUCGUUCCCGAGUCGCUGCCGGACAAGAUGAGGCUGACGUCCUGGGGCUUCCCCAUCUCCUGGGAGCAGGCGGACCCCUUCGCUUCUCUGCGUCGUGUGGGCAAAGACACCACGGUGCUGCUGAUCUGCGUCACAGUGUUCCUGUCCUACCUGCCUGAGGCCGGACAGUACUCCAGCUUCUUCCUCUACCUGAGACAGGUGAUCGAGUUUUCUCACGCAUCCAUCGCUGCCUUCAUCGCCAUGGUGGGAAUCCUCUCCAUCGUCGCUCAGACUCUGCUCCUCAGUGUGUUAAUGAGGACCAUUGGUAAUAAGAACACGGUUCUUCUGGGUCUGGGCUUUCAGCUCCUCCAGCUGGCCUGGUACGGCUUCGGCUCUGAGCCUUGGAUGAUGUGGGCGGCAGGAACAGUAGCAGCCAUGUCCUCCAUCACCUUCCCAGCAGUCUCUGCUCUGGUGUCACACAGUGCAUCGCCUGAGCAGCAAGGUGUGGCUCAGGGGAUGAUCACAGGCAUCAGAGGGCUGUGUAACGGUUUGGGUCCAGCUCUCUACGGCUUCAUCUUCUUCCUCUUCAAUGUGGAGCUGAACGACAUGGAGCCGGUGGCAGGAAGAUCCACACACAACACAGAGAAGUCCGUCAUCCCCGGUCCUCCCUUCCUGUUCGGAGCGUGCGCCGUCUUAUUCGCUCUUCUCGUCGCCGUCUUCAUCCCUGAGCAUCACCAACUGGCCGACAUCAAGACCUGCUCUGGCCGCAAGUCCAGCGGCGCUGCAGCUGCACACGCUCAGAAUGUCGGCCCUCUGGCCACGCCCACCAGCGACACGGAGGACAUCGAGCCGCUCCUACAGGACAGCAGCAUGUGACUGACAGCUGGCCCGGCCAGUCGCAGUGCUAAAGCCUGAGCUGUUCUCUGCAAGUCCCGCCCCUUUCAAAAAAAAAACAAAAAACAACAGUGUCAGGUUUUAUUUUUGUUAUUGUUAUUUUUUAUUUCCUCAGAUCCAGAUCACAGAGUCCGGUAACGUUAGGCGGCAGCCACACUGACGAGCUGCGUGACACGUGACAGUUAUUCCCUCUGAUUCAUUCUGGUGUGAGAUCUGUCAGAACCAGCUGUGCUGUGUGUUUUCUCUGGUUCUGCUCGCUGCUGCGGCGCUGGGCUUCUCUGCUCGUCACCCAGAGCAGCUGUACGACUGAACACAGGCGGCUGAAUCAGCUGAACCACACUUUAAACCAACUCUCCAACUCUCACCUGAACCACAGAGGACUCAGUGUCCCAACACGUCAGUCCUGUCUCUCUCAGAGCCGUCAGUGUGGCUGCCGCCUGAACGCUGCACGCUCAGUUUGCCUCCUCUCUGUGUUUAUCUGCUGCACCAUCCACCCGUCAGGUCCGCAGAGUUCAGCAGAUCGAACGCUCCUCACUGUACAGGACCACGGGUGGAGGUGUGUUGAAUUCACGGCACAGCCGAGGCCGAUGUCCCAGAACUGCAGACUGUUGUUUUCAAACUGAAACUUUUCAUCAGGACGGAGAAAGGUGGAGAGGACGGUGAGGUCAGAGCUGCUGUGGAUUAUGGGACGUCUGACUGACGGGAGAGGAAGUGGCCACCGGCAGGGGGCAGUGUGGGCCACAGAUCUGUGAUCUCCACCGGCCUCCCCAAACACGCUGUUUACACGCUGGAUCUAUUGGCAGCAAAGAAGAAGACUCGUGGAUAACUGUAACUAUGACGACAGCCACACUGAGCAUGUGCAGGCUCCGACUGGCUGCGACACCACUGGGUGUUUCCGUGUCCAGUUAUGAUGACGUGUUUUUAGCUGCACCUGUACGGAGCCUGGGAGACGCAGGAAACACGGUUUGCUUGUUCGUGCCUCCUGGUUUAAUCUUUCAUUUUCCUAACUCCGGCUCUUGAUUUCAGAAUUCAGGCUCUUGUUUCUCAGUCUCAUGAUUUUAAAAUCCCUCCUGCUGAUUUAGUCGUUCAGGCUCCUGAAGUCGACGCUGGAUUUAACACUGUAUUAUGUGUUUUGCCUUCCUGCCCUUACAGGGGCAGUAAGCCCUGUUGGUUUGGUGUGUGGUGCACGUCAGGCCGACGUUUCUCCAGAAGCAGGUGACAUUUGCAGCAUUUUCAGUGUUUGACACUGAAUGAAUCUGAAAGAAAACUCAUCUUUGUGUAAACAGGCAGUUCCUGAAGUAAAUCCUCCUCCUUCUCCUUCUCCUCCUCCUCCUCCUCCUCCUCCUCCUCCUCCUCCUCCUCCUCCUCAUCAUCAUCAGAUCCACACACAGUACAAGGCUAACGAGACGAAGCCUCAGUUACUGAAUCGUUCACGCCAAACUUUUUUUCCUCUGACGCCUCCCAGACUCCGUUCACUCCCUUUUCUUCAGCAUCAGAUGGAUCCACGUCUCCUCGUCUCUUCUUCAUGUGUUUAAAUACUUGAAGUGUGUUUAUCCUUAUUCUAUCCAUUGUUUUCAGGCAGUUUGAUCUGAAAGUGCUCCUCCCACCCGCCUGCUGCUCCAGGUCAGGCAAAUCAAGCGCUCCAAGUUCCUGAUGUAGUUUGAACGUGUGUUCCAGUCCAGGCCCAUGGGUCUGAUCUUCAUCUGUGCGCUCUCUUCUCCGCGUCUUUAGUUUGAGUUCAACUUUCAGAAUCAGCAGGUUUUAAGAACCAAAUUGUGCCAUUUUUUUUUCUUUCUCUUUUUGUGACCGUUUCCUUCGUUGGCCAGUUUUUUUUUUAAGAGGUCAAACCACAUUCCAGCAAAAGAAAUCCACUGAAGCACAGGGAUGAACAGUACAGGAGAUCUGCAGCUGCUGAACCCAGUUCACAGUCUGAGGCUCCUCGGCUCGGGCCCGCGGCUCCUCGGCUCGGGUCGCGGCUCCUCGGCUCGGGUCGCGGCUCCUCGGCUCGGGCCGCGGAUCCUCGGCUCGGCCCCGGCUCCUCGGCUCGGGUCGUGGGUCCGUUUCUGUUUGUGUGGAUUAAUUUAACAGGUUUUAGUUCAGGUGUGAACCUGUGGAUGUUACAUCAGAUCUGUUACUGAUUUUCUGUCUGUUACUUUAAUACAGAGCUGGAAUACAUGCUGCAUUCAAGUCCUGUCUGAUGUGUGGGACAUACAGGCGUCUGACUGGGGGACGCUGGCUGCUGUCUGACACCUGGUGGUGGGUGCAGGUGGUGUCAUGUGACGUCAGCUCAUGAUUUCACGCUGUAUUCAGUCGACAUCCUGGUGUUUCUCCACCAGCUUCUCGUGAGCAAAGCGUUGAUGUUGUCACAGCUACAGACACACCUGAGCGUCCUGAACAUGAGGUAGAUGAUGGUGUGUAGCUUCAUGAAGCACAAUCGCGUUACGGCCACAGUGGGUUCGUCCUUGUCCUCCAGGCUUCAUCGUCUGGGACAUUUCUGUCUCAUUCUGGGUUUUUAAUCUCAUGCUUGUCUCCUCCUCCAACUCCACAGAGGCUUUAAUCCGUCUCUGAAGAUGUCAAACCCACAGGAUAUUUUUCUACAGCCCGUCUCACUGAAUGUCCCACUGUCCGCCACGUUGUUCUUAACUUUUGCCCUGAUGUCCUGGUUCUGGUCUGUCUCUGGUCUGUCUCUGGUCUUUGUGUUGCUGCAGGAGGAGAGCAGUUUUUGUAUUCUAAAUGAUGGUUUAUCAGAAAGCUCCGGAUCAAAUCAGCAUUUUGAUUUAGAUGGAAUUGAACUUUUUUUCUUUGAAACAUUUCACACGACGCAGAGUGUUGAGUGUCAGAGACUGAACUGAUGUGCAUCAGACCGACUGAUGGAGAACAGACGUGUUACUGAAGCUGUCGGAUCAUAAACCUGAACGUGUUAUUUUAGCUGAUGAUAUUUACUACAAGAGAAAAGUAACUGAUGCAGUCAGACCUUUCAAACUCCUGCCCCCCCCACCCCCGUCCCACCCUCCACCACUCUGUCCCCCCUGGUCCCCACUGUCCCCCCAUCCCCCUGUCCCUGAUGCAGAACGUGCUGAUUGCUGCACUUUAAUUUCUCUGAACGUGUGCCUCUAAUCAUUCUCCAUGUUCAUAUCUGUUUUUAUAUUUAAACAGACGCUGAAUGACGUCCACGUGUUGUGCAUUUGCUUUCUUUUAUCUUAUUAAGAGCAUAAUUUUGAAUAAUAUCUAUAAUAUUAAUAGUAAUAAUAAAGACAUGUAUGGACUUUGA